AUGCAAACGUACACCAUUGCAGCUGGUCUAGUGGCAUUUGUUGUUGGCCUCCGACUUUAUGCCAGCGCGGGCAAAUCCAAGUUGCCUCUUCCUCCCGGUCCAAAAGGGUUGCCGUUAAUUGGAAACUUGCUGGAUAUGCCCCGGACCCUAGAAUGGCAGACAUACCACAAGUGGGCUAAAGAGCUGAAAAGCGACAUCAUAUACGUUAAUGUGGCGGGAACAUCAUUGGUCGUGCUGGACUCGCUGGAAGCUUGUAAAGAUUUACUCGACAAAAGGUCUACAAACUAUUCUAGCAGACCUCGUAUGCCCAUGUUGAUUGAAUUGAUGGGCUAUGGAUUUCUGGUUGCCAUUAUGGAAUACGGCGAGCGAUGGCGCCAGCACCGACGCCUCAUCCAUCAGGCGCUCAAUCCUGCAGCCGCAUCGACAAUUACACUCCCACCCACCCUCAAAGCAGCUCGAAACGUUCUCGGCAGAUUUCUGGAAAAACCAAACGAUAUCAUGGGCAAUUUGAGACAUAUGACGGGAGAAGCGAUCAUAUCAAUAGCCUACGGCUUGGAUGUUUUGCCAGAGAACGAUCCAUAUAUACACCUUGCAGAAAAGGCCAACGAAGGACCAGUAGAGGCUGUGGUUCCGGGGGCAUUCCUGGUCGACAUGCUACCCUUCUUGAAAUAUGUUCCAGCGUGGGUCCCAGGAGCUGGAUUCCAGAAAAAAGCGGCGAAAUGGAAGGCCCUUGGUCAGGCUAUGAUAAAUGUUCCGUUUGAAAAAACAAAAGAAAACAUGCGUGCAGGGAUCUGUCCGCCUUGUUUAACCUCUACCUGUCUGGCCGAAAUGGAGCAUGGUGCAGCAGACGUAGCAUACAGUGAGGAGAAUAUCAAAAACGCGGCUGGAACAUUAUAUUCGGUUGGAGCGGAUACUACGUUGUCGAUCGUAGGCUCAUGUGUUCUAGCUCUCAUAGACCAUCCCGAAGUUGUCAAGAAAGCCCAGCUGGAGCUAGAUAAGGUCAUCAAGCCGGGUCACUUGCCUGAUUUUAAUGAUCAGCCCUCUCUGCCAUAUAUUACUGCCAUCGUGAAGGAGGGUCUUCGCUGGAACGAUGCGGUACCGAUGGGUGUCCCUCAUCUGAUAGAAGUCGAAGACGAAUACAAAGGACACCGCCUUCCUGCUAGAUCUAUUGUUAUAGCCAAUAGCUGGGCUAUUCUUCAUGAUGAAAAACUAUAUCCGGAUCCAUUUACCUUCAAUCCAGAUCGCUUUAUGAAAGGUGACAGUCUUGAUCCCAAUGUACAAGACCCGGGGGAGGCAUGUUGGGGAUUUGGAAGACGCAUUUGCCCAGGAAGACACAUGGCAUUCUCAACAAUCUGGAUUGCCAUAGCCUCUCUUCUUACUGUUUAUGAUAUCAGAAAACAAGUUGACGAGGAUGGGAAUGCUAUUGAGAACAACCACGAAUAUGUUUCCAAUAUUACAUACUCCCCAAAGCCUUUUGUCGGGUCAAUCACACCGCGCUCCAAGGAGGCAGAAAACCUCAUUCGAUCUUUCGCUUGGCAGAGCGCAAUAUGUUGA